AUGGCCGAUUCUUCUCCUGCCGCCAACGGCAACUCUCUUCUUCAGACCACCAAGACCAACGCCGCUGCUGCGUACCAAUCAGUUGCCAACGGCCCCGUUGCUCAAAAUGUCUAUGGCCACACUAAGAAGGCUUCCACAGAGCUCUCCAACCUUGCCGCUUCUCGACGCACUCCUGCGAAUCCCGCUGCUACGGGCCAACCUCUUACUCACUACCACUCAUUCUUUUCCGAGCUCUUGUCAUGGAACAACCCUCGCGCAUCUGCUAUCGCUUACGCCACUAUCGUCUCUGCCAUCUUUGCUGCACGAUACCUAGAUGUCCUCCGAUGGGGUCUCAAGACAUCCUGGAUGGUCCUUGGUGUGACCAUUCUCGCUGAGGUUCUUGGCAAGGUUAUUCUCAACAAUGGCCUGGCUACUCAGGUUCGCCCUCGGCGAUACUACACAGUUCCCCGUGAGACUUUGGACGCCGUUAUUGGCGACGUUCAUGAGCUCAUCAACUUUUUCGUCAUUGAGGCUCAGCGAAUUAUCUUUGCCGAGAACGUUGCUGCGUCCGCUGCUGCUUUCGUCGCUGCUUUCAUCUCUUACUACCUUGUAAAGCUCGUUCCCGUCUGGGGUCUUACCCUCAUUGGUACCACUGUUGCCUUUGUUGUGCCUUUGAUCUACACUUCCAACCAGGAGCUCAUCGACGAGCAACUCCACCACGCUUCCGAGCUCAUCAACAACCAGACCGCCCAGAUCCAGAGCGUUGCUUCUAAGCAGAUGGAGCAAGUUUCCAACAUCAGCAAGCAAUACGUUGGCGACUACAGCGGCAAGGUCCAGGAUCUCCUCCAAGGCAAGACUCCUUCUCGUCAGAAGAUCGACAUGCCUGAGAACUCCAACUCUGCUCUCCCUACCAAGCAGCCUCAGUUCCCCUCUCCUCCCACCGACGAGCCCAUUGCGUCUGCCAACCCUCCCCAAAUUCCCACUCCCGCCGCUUUGAGAGAGGAGAUUAAUGAGCCCACUGCUAUUGGCACUGCGGCCCCCGAGGUUCCUCUGGAGAAUGUUGUUCCCUCCAAGGAGCCCAUGCUUGCUUCUUAA